AUGUUUGCAGAAGCGAGGGCUAUUGUGAUCGGGCCUGGUCCUGAGAAUCUUGCACGUACCGGCGACAAACUUCAAGCAAAACUAUUGGCUCAAAGAUGCCAAGUCCCUGUAUUAGAAGCCAUGAAUCAACCAACAGCCAAUGUUGAUGAGGCGCGGGCUUUUGCCCAUCGGGUUGGUUUUCCCGUCAUGAUCAAGGCUGUGGAUGGCGGUGGUGGACGGGGAAUUCGUCUGGUUCACGAGGACUCAGAGCUAGACAGUAGUGUCCAGCGUGCCAUUGGAGAAUCACCCUCUCGGUCGGUCUUUGUGGAAAAAGCCGCUGUGGAUGGAUUCCACCAUGUUGAGAUCCAAGUUAUCGGCGAUGGCAUGGGACAAGUGCGACAUCUCUGGGAACGAGAUUGUAGUGUGCAGCGACGCUUUCAGAAAGUUGUGGAAUGUGCACCUGCCUUGAUGAGGGAUAGAGAUUUGGUGUCCAAGGUCAUUGACUCGGCUUUGAAGAUGGCUACUGAGAUUCGGUAUCGCUCGCUGGGGACAUUUGAGUUCCUGUGGAUUGGAUUUGGUGCAGAUGCAACUUCUUCUAGCACAGGGAGCAACGUUCGAGGAUCUUGGCCUGGGCACGGAGGUCAAUUCGAAAACGCCUCCCCGAACAGCUUCUCAAUCCAGCUUCGGAUAUGUGCUGAGGACCCAAGCAACAACUUCUCUCUGAGCAUUGGAAAGGUGACCGAAUUCGUCGUUCCUAGUGGGAAUGGAAUCCGCCUUGACACCAAUGUCAACACUUCCAAUGGAAGUGCGUCAGUAGUGGGAUCAAACUUCGAUAACCUUCUCGCCAAAGUCAUUCUCACUGCAUCUAGCUGGGAGGCCGUUGUCCGAAAGGCCCAACGAGUUCUGUUAGAUUCGAGAAUCUCUGGCGUGAAGACUAACAUCGAUCUUCUCCGUGGCAUCGUCUCGCAUCCGGACUUCGUAGUCGGCCAUGUUGACACGCGGUGGUUAGGGCUCAAACUUGACGAAAUAUAUCAUUUGGGACAACGCAUCGCAAAUGCUCAGCCCGGUGGUGAAACCGUCAGAUCUAUUUCUCAACAAUCGUCAUCUCAGGCUGGACUACCUGCCUCAAACCACUUGUUCCGGAAGGGAGACGCGUGGUCCAUCACAUUGGAGCCACUGACGAAAGAUACCUCUCAGGAAGCUGCCAAAGUGACCCACCAUCUUCGUUUCUCCCGUGUGUUUCGGAAUGAUUUCCCCACCUCCUUGGCUGCCGAGAUUGAGUACACAACCCCUACAUCUCAGACAGCGAUUCCGUAUCGAAUGCAACUGGAAACCACCUCGACUGCGGCAUCGGCUCUGGUCUCUUCCACACACCGACGAGGUGACCCUCAGAAUCCCAGACAUAUUGUGCUACCUCUUUCCGGAAGGCUGAUUGAGAUUCUUGUUUCCGAUGGGGAGAAUGUAGUCGAAAAUCAGGUGCUGGCCUUUGUCAAACAGAUGAAGAUGGAACUGGAGGUGCGGAGUCCCAGGGCUGGAAGAGUGGAAUGGGUCCAUGAAAUGGAGGAUGAGGAGGAAGAUGUGGCCGAGGGAAUGCUCCUUGUGGAACUGAAUGAGCCACAGGAGAAGCAGAUGCGAGGUAAGCUAUGA